CCUUGCUGCUUGUCGGUUGGCCUCUACCUGCUGGCUUUGGUUUCGCGUGAGGAGGGGUGGGUGGGAGAAAGGGGCGUUCGUUGGUACGCCUCCUCCUCCUGCUGCGGUGGCCCGUUCGGAGGCGGUUGGUGGAUUACGGCGAGCUCAGGCGCGGUUUCCUGAAGGGACAUCCAAAGCGGAGCGCGCCUUUCGCGCAAGCUACUUGAACCGUCAGCGUUCAGCAAUAGUGAAAUAUCAAAAUGAGUCGCCGUCGGAAGCAUGCUCCUCCCAUGAGGAUGAAUGAAGAGAAAAAGAAGCAACUCUGCUGGAAUAUGCAUGAUGACCAGAAAAAUGACAUGAUAGAUGUAGAUGUCAUGGAUGAAGACCAUCCUGUUGCUGGUACAAGUUCAUCUUCUGCUGUGCAUAUUGUGAUAAAUGAUGAUAGUGAGGAUGAAGAUUUGACUCACAGAGAAAAGAACCCCAAAUCCCCAAAUUUCUCAACAGUUGUAGAUGAAACAGAAGAUUCUUGUCAUCCAUUGCCAUCUAUAGCCAUACAGCUAAAUAUUUUGAUACUUCCUUAUCAGCCUGAUCCUCCCUGGAAAACCUUGCUUGGAGAAUUUACACUUCAGCUUCUUCCUGAACAACAUUUAAGUGACAAUAUUCAGAAAAAAGGGCUGACUUUGAUGACAGCUGAAUUUAGUGAUCAUCUGCAUCUUCUUGUCCAUGCAAAUGAUAUUAUAAAGGUGGACAAAGGGGAAGAAUCAUUACAGAGUACUUAUGAACUAGAUAUUUUAGUUGAAUCAUCUUUAAAUAAUAAAAUUAUGGAAAAUUUAAUGUGGCUGCAGAAGAAAAAAAUAAUUAUACUGCAUCAAAGAUCUGGAGAUACUCGUUCUGUAAAGGUUGGAAUAUAUCUUCUUGAACUUGGCAUAAGUAAGUUAGAAUUCCUUAGUGAUGGUGGGGGAAGAAUAAGAAAGGCCAAUCAACUCCUUCAGAAACUGAUGGAAAAAUUUUAUCACUUUGUAAUUCCAGACAUUCUGGAAGAAGAUGAGGAAUCUGAUAGAGAUAUAGAACGGCAAAAUAUUGAAGAGCUGUAUGACUAUGUGAGGCAUGUACACCAAAAAGAGUUACAUUUUUUAAAGGAAAAUGUACAACAUUCUGCAUUGAUUCCUGUUCUCAGGCCAUAUCAAAGUGAGGCUGUAAAUUGGAUGCUGCAACGUGAAAAUUUUAGAAAUAUACCUACCAAUGAUAAUGCUCUCCACUACUUAUGGAGAGAAUUUAUUACUCUAGAUGGGUUGAAGCUGUACUAUAAUCCUUUUACUGGCUGUGUAAUCCGUGAUCGACCUGUUGCUGGGCCUCGGUGGCCUGGAGGAAUAUUAGCAGAUGAGAUGGGCCUUGGAAAAACAGUAGAAGUCUUGGCUCUUAUUUUGUCACACACUCGUAAGGAUGUCAGACAGGAUGCUCUGAUGUUACCAGAGGGGUUUUUAGUAAACUUCUUUGUUCCACCACAACCUGCUGAAGGAAGUAAAAAUAAAAACAUAAUGAAAAUGCAAUUUAAAUUGAAGGAAAAAGUCCAGUAUCCAAGUUUGCGAGUAAUGCUUUUAACAGCUAUAAAAGAAAUGAAAGUGAAGAAGGGAGCAUCCAUUGUUGCAAUUUUUAAGUAUGUCCAGUCCAUAUAUAAAUAUGAUGUUCAGAGGAACCGUCGGAUUCUUAAAAGAACUCUGGAAAAAUUAAUUGCAGAGAAGGUAGUGGAGCAAGUCAAAGGCCAUGGUCUUGCUGGCUCUUUCAAGUUGGGCAGAAACUACAAGGAACAGUUGUUUUGUAACAGAUCCAAAAAACAGAAAAAGCAAACUUCAAAUAGAUCUCAGAAGAAAAAUUUGCCAGACCGUAACACUGAAAUCAUAAAAUUGAAUGAUAAGGAUGCAUGUUCUACAAAUGCUCUAAAGUUACCUCAGGUGACAGAUAUUACAGCAGAAGAUCAUGAUUACUGUGCAACAAAUAAAGAUACUAGUGAAUCAAAUCUAGAUUCUAAGCGUUGUAAAACUAAACAUUCUCAGUGUAGAUCAGCUGAUAACAUGCUUAGAUCCAAAGAUGAGAUAUGCUGUAGUGUUGCUGUUCCUAAAAAUAUGGAUGAAACAGAAGAGGUGCAGGAUGCCUUAGAAGAACAGUCUUCAGUCUGUCAAGAACACACAAGCAUCUUUAAACACCACCCUGGUUCUGUGUUUCCAUUCAACACUUCUGAUUAUCGCUUUGAAUGCAUCUGCGGUGAGCUUGGCUUGGUUGACUACAAAGCUCGGGUACAGUGCCUGAACUGUCACCUGUGGCAACAUGCUGAAUGUGUGAAUUAUAAAGAAGAAAAUCUUAAGAUCAAGCCCUUUUACUGCCCCCACUGCCUUGUAGCUAUGAAACCAGUUCCUACAGGAGCAACUCUCAUCAUUUCUCCAAGUUCAAUCUGCCACCAGUGGGUUGAUGAAAUUAAUAGGCAUGUGAGAUCAUCAUCCCUUCGUGUGCUGGUUUAUCAAGGAGUGAAGAAACAUGGCUUUUUGCAACCUCACAUCUUAGCAGAGCAGGAUGUAGUGAUCACUACAUAUGAUGUCCUCCGGUGUGAGCUGAAUUAUGUCGACAUUCCACAUAGCAAUAGUGAAGAUGGGCGCCGUUUCAGAAACCAGAAACGUUAUAUGGCCAUUCCUAGUCCCUUGGUAGCUGUGGAGUGGUGGAGAAUUUGCCUAGAUGAGGCACAGAUGGUAGAAUGCACCACGGCAAAGGCUGCAGAAAUGGCACUCCGUUUGAGUGGAAUCAAUCGUUGGUGUGUGAGUGGUACACCGGUACAGCGAGGACUCGAAGAUUUGUAUGGAUUAAUACUUUUCCUUGGUGCUGAUCCUUACUGGGUCAAAUAUUGGUGGGAUCAGCUUCUAUAUCGACCAUACUGCAGGAAAAAUACACAGCCUCUGUACAAUUUUGUAGCCAAGAUAAUGUGGAGGUCAGCAAAGAAGGACGUGAUUGAUCAAAUUCAGAUUCCUCCUCAGACAGAAGAUACACAUUGGCUUCAUUUUUCUCCUGUGGAGAGGCAUUUUUAUCAUCGCCAACAUGAGGUGUGCUGCCAGGAUGCGUUGGUAAAACUCAGGAAGAUUUUGGAUUGGUCUCUCAAACUUAGUAGCUUGGAUAGGAGGACAGUGACUUCCAUUUUGUACCCUUUGCUGCGUCUGAGACAGGCCUGUUGUCACCCACAAGCUGUUCGUGGAGAAUUCUUGCCUCUACAGAAAAGCACAAUGACAAUGGAAGAACUUUUAACAUCUCUGCAGAAAAAAUGUCGGAUAGAAUGUGAAGAAGCUCAUCGCCAAUUGGUGUGUGCUCUUAACGGCCUAGCUGGUAUUCAUAUUAUUAAAGGAGAAUAUGCUUUGGCAGCAGAUUUGUACAGAGAGGUUCUACGUUCCUCUGAAGAACAUAAAGAGAAGCUCAAAACAGAUUCAUUGCAAAGACUUCAUUCUACGCACAAUCUGAUGGAACUUCUGACGGCAAAUCAUCCUGGGAUACCACCCACUUUAAGAGAUGGCAGACUUAAGGAAGAGUGCGAACAGCUCCGCCAGCAUUACAUGAGUAAAUCAAACGCAGAAGUUGCUGAAGCUCAUCAGGCUUUGCAGCCAGUUAUACAGACAAUUCAUGAACUCCAGAGGAAAAUACGCUCCAGUUCACCCUGGUGGUUGGAUGUGAUUCAGUCAGCAAUACAGUACGCAAUAGAUGAGGAGCUUGUACAGCGAGUACAAAAUGAUCUAACCAGCAAUUACAAACAGCAAAUGAAUAAGCUCUCUAUGGCAGAUAAAUUUCGUGACUGCAGAGGACUGCAGUAUCUUCUGACAACUCAAAUGGAAGAAGUGAAGAAACUGCAGAAGCAAGUGAGAGAGGCUGUGAAAAAUCUGGAAGGACCUCCUUCCAAAGCAGUUAUUGAGGCUGCCACUAUCUGCCAUCUGCGGCCAGUAAGAUUGCCACUAAACAAUUGCGUCUUUUGUAAAGCUGAUGAAUUGUUCACAGAAUAUGAAUCAAAGCUGUUUUCCCACACUGUAAAAGGCCAGAUGGCGAUCUUUGAAGAAAUGAUAGAAGAUGAAGAAGGCCUGGUUGAUGAUCGUUUGCCUACCACCAGCAGAGGCCUCUGGGCAGCAAGUGAAACUGAGCGCUCCUUGAAAGCGAUAUUGUCUUUUGCUAAAGCUCAUAGGCUAGAUUCCAAGGGAAUUGAAGAAGGCAACAUCUUCUUGGAACUUUUUGAAGCAUGGAAAAAGGAAUAUAAGUUACUUCAUGAAUACUGGAUGGUCUUAAGAGAUCAUGUCUCUGCCAUUGAUGAACUUGCUAUGGCCACCGAACGCCUCAGAAUGCGUCAUCCAGAAGAGCCAAAACCCAAUCACCCUGUUCUUCACAUAAUUGAACCACAUGAGGUAGAACAAAAUAGAGUGAAACUUUUGAAUGACAAAGCGGUUGCCAAAUCACAGCUCCAGAAGAAACUAGGUCAGCUACUCUACCUCAAUAAUUUGGAAAAGUCUCAAGAUAAAACAACUGGAGGAGUUAAUCCAGAGCCCUGCCCAAUUUGUGCACGACAAUUGGGAAAACAGUGUACAGUUUUAAAGCUUGGAUAUUUUUGGCUUGCAAUCUUCAGAAGCUACCUAAACCCAGAUAGAGAUAUGACUUAUUCCACCAAGGAAAACCUCUCUGCAUUUAAAUAUGAUCCCAAGAUCAACAUACUGCUUUUGCCUCUCCAUACUGGUUCUAAUGGUCUAAACAUAAUUGAAGCAACCCAGGUACUGCUGGUUGAGCCCAUAUUGAAUCCAGCACAUGAAUUACAGGCCAUUGGCAGAGUGCAUCGUAUUGGGCAAACUAAACCUACCAUUGUUCAUAGAUUCUUGAUUAAAGCAACAAUAGAAGAACGUAUGCAGACAAUGAUGAAAACUGUAGAAAGGAGUCAUUCCAAUUCUUCCCUGAAACAGUCAGAGGCCUCUGUGUUAACUGUAGCUGAUUUGGCAGAUCUUUUCUCAGAAGAAACUGAAGAACUGGAAUGAAAUAAUCUAUUUCAGACUCACCAAGGUUGGAAGAGGGCCAUGACUUACCUUUCAGAUUCAUUGAGGUUGGAAGAGGGCCAUGACUUAUCUAAGAGACAAGAUGAUAUGAGCUAACUGUCAGAAAUUCCGAUAGAUGUCACCAACUACUCAUUCAUUUUAGGAUGAAAAUAUGAGUAAAUAAUUUAAGUUCUGUGAUUGUGAAUUUCUUCAGCAUAUUAUUUUGGAUAAUCAAAAUGCACUUUAUUUACAAAUUAAUAAACUAUAACUUUGUACUUCCAAAGAACCUUAGAACUGUAAUCCAUCUUGAAUUGUGCAAAAGAAAAAUUAAUUCAAUGUAGUUUGUUACAUCAGAAAAUAUAUUUGAAAGCAAUGGGAGUAAAUAAUGGCAUCAUUGCUUGGAUGCUUAUAUGAGUUGUGCCUAGAAUUUCCGAUCUAAGAGAGUUAAAUAAGAGGCAUGUAUUGUUUGCUUCAACAUGUUCAACUAAACAUUGAAAUAAUUUAUAUAGCAAGAACGAUAUCAUUAAGUAUCGUCUCCAUUUUAUUUUUUGCAAUUAAUUAUUAAAAUAACUUUCAAAAUAAGCGGUUACCUUUUUGAAGGAACUUCUAGUGGUGCUCCCAUUAUAUCAUGCAAGUAAUAGAGUAUCAUUUUCCUUUAUCUGCUAAUCUUUAGAUAUCAUUUUAGUUUUUAUAAUACAAUAAUAUUUAUGCCAUGAUACUCCAAUUUAAUUUUUUUUUCUUGUUCUUAAGUUUGCUGUUAAUGUGCUCUUUGUAAAUUUUAAUGUCUUUUGUAUGAUCUUUGUCUUAAAAUGAUAGCUAGACAUAUCCGUAUAGAUAUGUUCACAUUUUUAAAGAUUCUUACAUUUGUAUUGUUUUGUUUAAAAUUUGGGUAUUUGUAUUCUGUUAAAAAUGGCAGUGCUUCCUCUUGCAUUCACUUUGAUAUGAUUGUAAGCAAAGAAUGACAAACUUGCAAAUCAUUAGUUUUAUUGUAUUGCUCGUUCAGUUUUACUAGCAGGUUUUACUAUUAGCCAUUAAUAGUAGACAUGAAAAAAUAAAUGUAUACAAACAGUGAAGAAUUUAAUAAUAAUAACUUUUUCAUAUGACUGUCUUAGAAAGUAUCUGUGCAGAAUAAUCUUACAUUAUUGACAUUUAUAGAUAGAUAAAGACUAGGAUGCAGAUUGAAAGUAAAAUUUGAAGGCUGAAAGUUUCAUUGUGGAUAUUUUGUUGCCAAGAAUCAUUCCUUAGCAUUGCCCCCUACCAUGUUUAUAUUUAUUAACCUGGAAGCCUCUUUCCAGGCCGGGGUGGGGGGGAUUAAGUGAAGGAAAUAGCACAUGCAUACUCUAGUACACAUGGGAUAUCAAGUUGAAUCCCUUUUUUAAAAAAUAAAUUUACCUAUUCAGGCCCAGUGUGUUCAUGGCUACAUCCAUUUGUUCAGUCACCAUUUCAAGUUACGACAGUGCUGAAAAAGAUUGGCUUACAAUUGAUCUUUGAAGUUCCAGUCAUUGCUGUGCCCCUGCAGUCAUGUGAUCAUGGUCCAAGUGCUUGGUAAUCCACCUGUAUUUACAACUGCUGCCGCUCCUCCCAGUAUAUCUUCAUUUUUUUUGCUUGCCUACCCUCCAUUUGCCUGCCUAUCCUCCAUUGGCUUGCCAAUGCCAGCUGGACUCAAGCCCUACAAAGAAUGGGCUUUGUUGGUCAUGUGCAAGGCCUUGCUGCCACCUCUCCCUCUGGCCACCUUGGAAUCCCUCAACCAAGUACCUACCAGGCAUCCUGGCCAUGCUUGCAGGAGUCACUGUGGAACUGUCUCUGCCUCACUGACCAGGAGGAUUUCCCCAGCUGGCAUUGGUGCAUGCUGUGGUGGAGAAGACUUGGGGCUAUGGAUCUUUCCCUUCUGGCAGGAUGGCAACAUUUGCCCACACUCCCUACCGUCUGUCCUCCUGUAGCUCUCACCUGCUGGGCUCUUUGCCUGGGACUCCUGCCUCUUUCUAUGUUGCAGCCAUAUGAAGUCAGUUAAUGACCUGCAUGAUAUUGGUGUUCACGACUGCAACCAGGCUUUCCAUGAUUACCAUUGAUAAGUGAUGCUUAGCCACAGAAAUUCUGGUCCCAAUUGCCAUCAUGAUCCAAGGACAACCUGUAUGAUUUUAAAACCCAGGCAUGACAGCAAAACAUUGUUGCAUCUUUAUACCCUUAAGAUUCUUCGAAUGGGGAGGCUGGGUUUCUACCCCCCCCUCCUUUUUUUUUGCAGAAAAUGAGCAGUGUGAUGUAUAGACAUAUU